AUGCGCGUCGAGUUCGCGGUGCCUUCGCCUUCCGAUAGUUCAACGGACUACACAUUGGAUAUGGGUACAAAAAAUGUUGCCCCUGCUGCGGCCGAAAGUGGUUCGCCAGCGCCCUCCGCGCCUCCGAAGAACCUUCGCCGCGUCAACACGUUUACGGGUGCGGGUAACGAAGAGGAACAACGCAAUAUUAUUUCGCUGCGAUACCGCGCCGACAGCAUGGCGGAUUCCGUGGCGUCUGACUCGACGCCCGAUGCUGAAGCUAAGCUCUGGAACCUUUUUGAGCAAGUUUUUUGCUUCCUUAAGGGCAUGACCAUCUACCAGACGCGACGUCGUCUAAAAUUCACAAUCGUUUCUCAAACGGGUAUCAACUCGCUACGAAUUUUCCCCAUCAUCUUAGGCCUUAGUUUUGAAGCCACAUUACCCGUGUUGAUUCUGUACGUGACGCUUGUGCUGGGAUGGCACGGUACGAAGUUCCUUGUGCCCAAAUUUCUUCUCAGCUACAAAAUUGGCAUGCAGCUGACGUUGAUGGUAGACGUUAUCUGGUACUAUAAGGGCUAUAACGGUCGACUUAAUAGCGUCAGCAGUGGUACAUCAGUGCUCAUGCAGGGAUUUUUUUCCAUUUUACUCACAAUGCUCAAUAUAAUGGGCUUCAUGUACGGCUGGAAACUUCGCCGCAUUGUCAAGGCAGUUCAGAAUCAAAGAGAGUGCGACCGUGCAGCUUUAGCUACCAUGAUGCCGUCCCCACAGCGAGGUCACUCGCUGCACCAGACUUUGUCUGUCCAUCCGUUGACUGAGAUGAAUGCAGAUGAAGGACAUUCUGCGCGCCGUAAAGUGGUCGUGGCUCCAGGUGUCUCACAAAAUAGACAGCGACAUUCUCAUUCCGGUAUUUCGGCUUCAUUACCCGAACUAUUCAAAACGAAGAAACAACGGGAAAAAGAAGCAGAAGCCCAAGAAGGUACACCCGUAUUCUGCUCAAACCUCAUUAUUACGAGCAAGUACACGUACUACAACUUUCUUUUUGUAUUUCUCAAGAUGCAGUUCAGUCGACUGGCAAAUUUCUAUACUACCAUCGUCGUGGCUCUAUGUUUUUUUGACUUUUCGCCCGUGAGCCCUGUGGCAAGUCUUACACCGUUGUUGAUUGUGUUUGCAACGUCUGCGUUGAAAGACGUGAGCGAAGAUCGGCGCCGACAGAAGGGAGACGCUCAAGUGAACUCUAGACCUGCGCAUAUUGUGCGUCGUGAUGAAAUGGAUGAUGUCAUGCACAUUGAUGGCAUGUGGCAGGAUAUUGAAGUGGGGGAUGUCUUACUUCUGAAAGAUGGCGAUUUAGUUCCAGCGGAUUGCAUUUUAUUGGCUACCAGUCGAUCAGAUGGCAGGUGCUAUGUGGAGACUGCAAAUCUUGAUGGCGAAACUAAUCUGAAAAUUCGACAAGUGGCGAGCUGCACCAAACAGUUUACGUCAGCUGAAGAGAUUUUGGAAAAUUAUACGCUUGAAGUGGAAUGCGACGUGCCGAACAAGGACCUGUUCUACUUUGAUGGUGUGAUAAAGUUACUCAAAAAUUCUGACGACGUUGUGAUCGACGCUACUAGAGAAGCCGCGAAAUCUAGCUUAACGAUGGACAAUUUGAUCUUACGUGGCAGUGAAAGCCGUAACGCCGACUGGACGCUGGGGCUCGUGAUCUACACAGGCAAAGAAACUAAAGUGCAGAUGAAUUCGGCUGCAGUGCCGUUGAAGCGAAGUUUUGUAGAAAAGACGCUGGACACAAUGUUUGUGCUGGUCUUAAUGCUGCUCUUUGGCAUAUCCACUGCUUGCACACUGGGGAAUAACAAUUGGAAUUUGGAUCGGGCCGAUGAGACAACGCCAUGGUACAUAAAUGAAGACUCAAACGGUUACAUUUUCUUGAGUUAUCUCAUCUUGUUUAACAAUUUGAUUCCACUUUCGAUGUACGUCACCAUGGAAGGUGUUCGCUUUGUUCAUGCGCGUUACAUUGAAAAUGAUCUGGAGAUAUACGACACAAAAACUGAUACUCCCGCUCAGGUUCGUAACAGCAACAUCAACGAAGACUUAGGGCAGAUUCAGUACAUCUUCUCGGACAAGACGGGGACAUUGACAUGCAACGAGAUGAUAUUUUCAAAAUGCACGAUAGGGGGUCUUCGUUACAAUGAUGUUGACGUCGAUCCUGCGAAGCAAGUAAGACCAGGCACAAGGUUCAACGAUGGCCGAUUGCUGGCGCGGCUAAAUUCGAACCAUUUGACAAAGAGAGAAAUUCACGAUUUUCUGCUGCUGCUGACGAUUUGCAAUACCGUGAUUCCGGAAACGAGCAGUCCUACAUCACCUAUUUCAAGUGAUGGAUCUAUUCUUACGCCCAGAAUUAAAUACAACGCAUCUUCGCCAGACGAAGAGGCAUUGGUUCUGGCUGCUGCAGACCUCGGCUAUGUUCUUGAGUCGCGUGACGGCCCGUUCUGUAAUACGCUAAUCCAGGGUCGACCCAUGUCGUUUGAGAUUCUUAAUGUACUGGAAUUUAACAGCGACAGGAAGCGAAUGUCGGUCAUUGUGCGAUUUCCUGAUGGCAGUAUUGUCCUGUACUGUAAGGGUGCUGAUGACAUCAUAUUUGACCUGCUUUCUAAGUCCCAGCCUCAGGGUGUAGCGCACGUGACCCGUGGCCAUCUUCAAGAGUACGCAUCAGAGGGUCUACGAACCUUGACUACUGCUGUGCGUCGUCUUGCUCAAGAGGAGUAUGACCAAUGGAAUCAAUUGUACCGCCAGGCAGAAUUUUCAAUGGAGGGUCGUGCUGCAAAAAUCGCCAAUGUGUCAGCUCUUAUUGAGGUGGAGUUGACGCUACUGGGUGCAACGGCUAUUGAAGAUAGGUUACAGGAUGGCGUGGAAGAAUCAAUUUGUGCAUUACGCAAGGCUGGCAUCAAGUUCUGGGUAUUGACGGGUGACAAAAAGGAAACGGCUCUUAGCAUUGGUAUGUCGUCGCAUGUGAUUGAUGAUAAUAUGGAUGUGAUUGUGUUGGGGCAGCGAGACAAGAGUUCGUUACGCACCCGGUUGGAAGAGCUGUAUGUUGAUCUUGUCGAGGACAAGUGGGGUUCUGAUGAAACAUCGUCAGCAACGAGUGUGCUGUGGGAAGCACUGAAGCGAGCUAUUUUGUAUUUGUGGGAUCUCGUGAAACUCGGACUGGUGGGACGAGAUGAAGAAGCUGAGGCUCGGAAGAAGCGAAGACGUCUUCCUCGUCGUGAUCAUGCUGGUGCUGAAUCCGUACCUGCAGCUGGUAAUGCUCAUUACGAUGAGGUAUAUCCCGCCCAGUCAAAUCGUGAUAAUUCUAUCGAAGAUACUUUUAAUCACAAUCUUUGUGAUCAUGAUUUCGAGCCGAAAAACGAGAUGAUGACAGGUAAAACUGACAGUAUGAGUAGUGAGGAUUUUAUUGAUGAAGAGCUUGAAUUCGCCAUGGUAAUCGACGGCAAAACCCUUGCUCUUGUGCUGGAUGAUGACAUCAAGUACCUGUUUUUGGCGGUAGCUACGCAAUGCAAAUCCGUCAUUUGCUGUCGUUGCUCACCAUCUCAAAAGGCUUCUGUGGUGAAAUUAGUGACAGAACCUACGCUUAUGUUUUCUCCAGGCAACAUCACACUUGCUAUUGGCGACGGUGCUAAUGAUGUACCAAUGAUCCAGGCUGCAAACGUCGGUGUCGGUAUUAGCGGCAAAGAGGGACGUCAGGCUGUUCUCUCAAGUGAUUACUCUAUUGCAGAAUUUCAGUACCUCAAGCGUCUACUCCUGGUGCACGGUAACUACAGCUACAAAAGAAUAUCAAAACUCAUUCUAUUUUCAUUCAUGAAGAACGUUGCGCUCUCGAUGUCCAACUUUUUUUUGGCAAUGGAAACAAUGUACAGUGGCUUGCUCAUGUAUUUUAGCAUCUUUUUCACGCUUUACAACGCUCUGUUCACGACAAUUCCGAUCGUGAUCAUUGCCAUGUACAAUCAAGAUGUGUCUCCCGCAGUGCUAAUGCAGUACCCUACAUUAUACGUAAACGGUCUAAAAAACCGAUCGUUUAAUUGGUUAUCGUUUUUCGCGUGGUGUGCAUUGGGGGCAUGGCAUGCUUAUGUCGUAUACGCAGUUCCAUUCUUUACAAAUGGAUCGGUCGUCUGGUAUUUUUCGAGUGCGUCGUCGAAUAUUCAGUUUGACAAGCGCGACUUGGGUCUUUGGGCGAAUGGUGUUGCAUCCUACACAUAUCUGAUUACAGCUUCGACAGUGCAAGUGUCGCUCAUGACGAGUAACUGGACUCGGGCAAAUGCUAUCUCCACUAUUGGAACCUUGGUGUUUUACUAUUUCUUUACUGCAUUUUUCUGUGCUGUAUUCGGUUGGUCGGGGGCAGACUUUUACGAUACCGAGAUAAGCUAUGGUGUUUUUGGCCAGCUUAUAAAUGAAUCCUGGUUUUGGCUUGGCCUCCUUUUCUCUGCUGUUGUUGCCGUUUUACCAAAUUACAUCGCAAAAGCUGGACGGGUCUUGUUUUACCCGGAGCCGUCGCACUUGAUGCGGGAGUGGAAUCGUUUAGCUAAGGGUGAAGACGUUGCGGUGGUUGUGGAUUCGCCGCGGCUCGUACGUCACAACACGGGCUUUGCUUUUUCGCACUGCCCAGGUGAGUUGGAAAUGGCGCUGGGCACUAUUCGAAAAGAAAACAUGCGUUCUGGCUUGCAAUCGAACGGAUCGGAUGCUAGCUCGCGCGUACAGUCACCAUUAUCCACUACAGUAGCGGAUUCGUCGGCGUCUCCCAAGGCAUUAAAUUAG